AUGUUUAGUGCUUGUCUACGUUGGAACCAGACAGUUGCAAAUAAUUUUACACUCGAUAUAGAGCAAUCUUAUUCUUAUGGGAAUAAAACUUUAGCACCAAUAGCAGAAAGAAUGUCCAAAAAAUACAAUAUCAGUCCACCUCUUGAUCCGACUCGAUAUUAUUGGGAUAUGAAAUACUAUUUUCAAUAUUCAUAUGGGAAUCCUCUUAAUGAGCAAUUGGGUUGUGCCUACAUUACACAGUUUGUAAAUAGCGUUGAGGAUUACUUAAAUGGGAAAUCUCGGAUGGUAGCUGACCUUAAAUUUGGUCAUGCAUUUACUGAGAUGAUUGUACUUUCUACCUUAAAGUAUACAUUACAAAAAAAUUUAUAUUGGACUUCUACUAUAUACUUUGAAAUUUAUACUUCUCCAGGUAAAGAUACAUUAAUGCGACUUGUAGUUAAUUUUGAACCAUAUAUAAUUCCGGGUUGUGAUGGUGAAUAUUGUAAAUGGAGUAAAUUUAAGGAUAUUUUAAGUGGUAAGAUUAAUUGUGAUUUUGAUAAGUUGUGUGCUGCAUAG